UUGUGGCGCUCGGAGCCCCCGAGAAGCAGGAGGAGGAGGAGGGAAGAAGGCGACAUGGCGGACGCCGGCAAGCAAGAGCCGGGCCGGGCCUCCGCAGCGGACGGCAAGGCGGAGCCGCCCGAGACGGAGCCGCAGCCGCAGCCCAGCGCCGGCGCCAACGGCCUGGUGAAAAUGGAGAAUGAUGAAUCAGUGAAAGAAGAGAAGUCUGAGUUGAAAGAGAAAGCUACAGGAAAUAAGAAGGCCAAUAGAUUUCACCCUUACUCGAAAGACAAGAGUUCUGCUGCUGGAGAAAAGAAGGGUCCAAAUCGUAACAGGGUUUUUAUUAGCAAUAUCCCAUAUGACAUGAAAUGGCAAGCUAUUAAAGAUCUCAUGAGAGAAAAAGUUGGUGAGGUUACAUACGUGGAGCUCUUUAAGGAUGCGGAAGGAAAAUCAAGGGGUUGUGGUGUGGUUGAAUUCAAAGAUGAAGAAUUUGUCAAGAAAGCCCUAGAAACUAUGAACAAAUACGAUCUUAGUGGAAGACCCUUGAAUAUCAAAGAGGAUCCUGAUGGAGAAAAUGCUCGUCGGGCAUUGCAACGAACAGGAGGAUCAUUUCCAGGAGGACAUGUACCUGAUGUGGGAUCAGGGUUGAUGAAUUUACCACCUUCCAUUCUCAAUAAUCCAAACAUUCCUCCUGAGGUUAUCAGUAAUUUGCAGGCUGGUAGACUUGGUUCCACAAUUUUUGUUGCUAAUCUUGACUUCAAAGUUGGUUGGAAGAAGCUGAAGGAAGUGUUCAGCAUAGCCGGAACUGUAAAACGGGCAGAUAUUAAAGAAGACAAAGAUGGCAAGAGCAGAGGAAUGGGCACUGUCACUUUUGAACAAGCGAUUGAAGCUGUACAAGCAAUUUCCAUGUUCAAUGGGCAGUUUUUGUUUGAUAGACCUAUGCAUGUGAAAAUGGAUGACAAGUCUGUACCUCAUGAAGAUUAUCGCUCACAUGACAGUAAAACACCACAAUUACCACGUGGCCUUGGAGGCAUUGGAAUGGGACUUGGUCCUGGUGGGCAACCUAUCAGUGCCAGCCAGUUGAACAUAGGUGGUGUUAUGGGGAAUUUGGGUCCAAGUGGUAUGGGAGUGGAUGGCCCCGGUUUUGGAGGCAUGAAUAGAAUUGGAGGAGGAAUUGGGUUUGGUGGUCUGGAAGCAAUGAAUAGCAUGGGAGGAUUUGGAGGAGUUGGCCGAAUGGGAGAGCUAUACCGUGGUGCAAUGACUAGUAGCAUGGAGAGAGAUUUUGGACGUGGUGAUCUUGGAAUAAAUCGAGGCUUUGGAGAUUCCUUUGGUAGACUUGGCAGUGCAAUGAUUGGAGGGUUUGCGGGAAGAAUAGGAGCUUCUAACAUGGGUCCAGUAGGAUCUGGAAUAAGCGGUGGAAUGGGUGGUAUGAACAGUGUGACUGGAGGAAUGGGGAUGGGACUGGAUCGGAUGAGUUCCAGCUUCGAUAGAAUGGGACCAGGGAUAGGAGCUAUACUGGAAAGGAGCAUCGAUAUGGAUCGAGGAUUUUUAUCAGGUCCAAUGGGAAGCGGAAUGAGAGACAGAAUAGGCUCCAAAGGCAACCAGAUAUUUGUCAGAAAUCUGCCUUUUGACCUGACUUGGCAGAAACUAAAGGAGAAAUUCAGUCAGUGUGGUCAUGUAAUGUUUGCUGAAAUAAAAAUGGAGAAUGGGAAGUCAAAAGGCUGUGGAACGGUCAGAUUUGACUCUCCAGAAUCAGCUGAAAAGGCAUGCAGAAUAAUGAAUGGCAUAAAAAUCAGUGGCAGAGAAAUUGAUGUUCGCUUGGAUCGUAACGCAUAAUGUAAACAUCUGUUUAGCUGAAUCUCCUAGUAAAAGUCAUUUUUAGUGAUACCGUGUGCUUGUAAAAGCUGUAAAAAUGAACUUAAAGACUCCCACCAGCUUUUAGCAGUAUAGUGUUAAAUAUACUGUGAUUUUUUUGUUAUCUCAAGUUUGGGUUUAUAAAGACAGCGCGUCUGGUCAUUCAGUUUCUAUGAAUGGUUAUACUGUUUUUAAUGAAAUAAGCCAUUUUCUUGUUAUUUUCAACACUACAUCGUGGGAUUUGUUCAGAUUUCUCCAAAUUUUACCAACUUAUUUUAAGGCGAAACAAUUUCUUUCAGACUUCUGUUAUAUAUGUUAACUGUCCUUGAAAAGAAAGGGCUCAGACAAAUUAAGAUGCAGUUUUAAUUAGUCUAAAUUUUUCUUUCAUGAUAAGCAAUUAGUGUAAGUAAGUUUUAGACUCUAUGGUUCAGGAUCUAUUUUAUUUGAAUUAAAAGAAGAAAUCUGGUUUUCUUUCUCUGCCCAUCCCGUCCAUAUUUCCACAUAAAAUAUUUAAUAUUAAUUUCCACAGCCCCAUAUUUUAUUGUUUCCGAUAAUUCCAAGUUCAUAUAGGACUGAUAAUGUAGCAAGUCCCAAGUAUAAUAAUAGGCAUACUCCUCCCAACUUUCUGUCAAGUUUCCAUCUAUUGAAGUGGAUUGCUAAAAAAAGAAAUAGAAUUGAAAUGUUGAGAGAGAUAGUUAUGUAUGUGAGUCCUCUGCUGUUUACUUCUACUGGAGCAGAUGUAUUUAUAAAUGCAGUUUUAAUAAACCAUGGAACACCUAGGCACAGCAUAUCAAACACGUUGGAUCCCACAAUGUUAGCCAUAGCCAUAUCUCCUUUACCUGCAACACAAAAAGGCACAUUGUUAAGAUGUGCAGAUCAGUACUGUAUUUUAUUAAUGAGAUGCAUAGGUAAAAACACUGGAUACUUUUUGUUAGUUGGUUUUGGAAAAUUGUUGUAUUAGAACUAAAGUCUGUAUUUUUUAUUUUGGAAUGGGUUCGUUUAACAUUUAUCUAAUGAUUAUCUUUUAUUUAUUAAACUACUUUUCAAUAAGGUGUAUAGAUUUCUUGUUGCUUUUUCCUUCUUAUUGAACAUAGUUAAUUACAAUUACAUGUACAUUUCAGAGAGACAUUAUUUGGGAGAUAGUGAAAUUAAUCUAUUGCAUACACAGUAAGUUCUUCUUUUUGAGUCAGCGCUUUUUUCCCCUUCAAAAGUAUCAGGGGUAAAAAAAUAUUUUCAGAUAUCUCUUUGCUCCAUGUAUUUCAGCCAGGUGUGAAGAAAGGACAUUGCAGCCAGUUCUUACCUUUUCUCGCAACCAGCACACUUGCAAUGGUGUCUGGUAUGCUUGUUCCUGCUGCUAACAAAGUAAGGCCCAUUACUGUAUCUGGAAUUUCCAAUGUUUCCCCUAUAAUAAACAGAUAUGAACAGUUACAGAUCUUACAGAUUCAUUAACUUCUCUGCAGGCAUUUCCUUUUUAAAUGAAAAAAAGAAGGCAUCUCGGUUUUAGGAUUAGUAUGUAUUAUUUUAGGAUUGAAUUAAUGAUCUAUUUAAAUAAGAUUGGGUAAAUUUGGUGUUUUGUGUAGCACAGAUUUUUAAUUAAAGACAUUUGGAUAAAUAGCCAGAACUUUGCAAAAGAAAUUAUUCCUCUCCCUUAACAUGUGCAUAGAUGUUUUGGCUAUCCACUCAAAUAACUUUGUUGCUUAACAUAUACAUGUAUGUAUAUGCAUAUACAAGUAUAUAUAUGCCAAUGAAAUUGGUAGUUUUUUCUCUUGAAAAACAUUUCUUAAAGUGACUAGAGACAGACAAAUGUAUGUACAACUAUCUAAAGCUACAGCUAUAACUAGUAUUUUUUAAAUCCUAAUUUUGUUAAAUGUUUUAAUAUUUGGGAAUUUAUCAUAAAUUUAUGAGGAAAACAAAAUAGAAUUUUUCUUGAGUCUAACAUUAUGAUCUCAACUUCAGUUUUAUUUCAUGGAAGUUCAAUAUUUAUUAAACCAUAUGUUCAUCAUUUUGGGACCAGAACCAGAAGGAAGAGUUUGUUGUUUUCUAGUGCUGGAGAUUGAGCCAAGGGCCUCCCACAUGUAUGGUGAGUGCUCUACUGCUGAACUAUAUAAUACUCCACCCCAUGAGGAAAACUUAAAAACAUGUUUUUUUUUUUUGUAAUUGCCUUUUUAAUGUUGUAAUUAAAGCUUACCUUCAUAUUUCUUUUGUUUUCCUUAAAAUUCUAAUGAAAACUUAUAUAUUGCAUGCUUACAUAUUGAUAGCAAACUUGGUUAAGUUUUACUAGUUUGCUGUAAUUCAUAUGUACAUAAACCAUUAAUAUUUACCAGUCUAAGUAUUUGCUUGUUUUUGUUGUCCUGGUUUUCUAAUCUCAAACAUGCUGAUUGAGAAAAUUUGGGAGAUAUAAUGUACAAGCUAAUUUGACCUUUCCAUCUUUCUUAUUGAAAAAUAGAAAAGUUCUGCUUUUUGCUAGCAUGCUCUUCUAAGUCAUAUAUUUACUUUGGGAAGGUCAGGUGAAGAAAUUUUGAAGUGGUUGUUUAAUAAUAAUUUUAGGUUUUGAGACUUAAAUAAUUUCUGUUGCAGUUAUUCAGUUUUGAAGAUGUUAUCUUUCUGAUUGUACUAGUAAAACAUCACUCUCAAAAUUCAGUGACUCAAUGAUUUGGACACACUGGUGGUAGUUAGUUUCACUUCUGACAUGAUAAUUAGGUAAUAUUUUGGGGAAAAAUUUCUAAUCUAUUUAUGUUCAGUGUUUUCUUCUGAAAUUUGGGACUAGCACUAAUUAUGACCAGGACGUAAUUAUUAAAUGAAUGAUUGGCUAAUCGUGAAAAUCUAUAGUGUCAACUUUGUUUUAUACACUUUUCACUCACUUUCUAGUAUGUUUAUAUUGCUAUAUUAAAAGGCAAAAUUAAAAUAUAAUCCACCAUAAUAAACAGUGAGCACUUACUGUUUUCCCCAGAUACUGGAACCUUGCUGUAUUUUCCAUUACGGAGUGGAAUGCACUAUGAAGUGUAUAAUGUGGGCCCCAUAUAAUGUGAUUUAAUUAUUUGCAUAAUAGACAUCCUAUGGAUUUGAUUACAUUUAUAAGGAGAUUUCUUGACUGUAACUCUGGACUGUGUAGUAGUGAGAACAUUGUUUAUAUAUAAUAUGCAAUUUGCAAAGCCUGAUUGAGCUUGUAGCUAUAUUAAUAUUGAUGUUUUUUUAAUUUGUAAAUAGCACUAAUUAUUAGUUUGGCUGAAAAGCAAAUUGUGUCUUUAGACUACUUGUAACAAUUAUGUCAUUUGAUCUUAUAUGAAACUGAUUAUUUUCUAAGAUACAUACCAGUUAUUGUCACCAUCCAAACCAGGAUAUAUGUAAAUGCAGAUAUCCAUAGUGCAGAUACGAUAAAUGUUAUUGCAAAAUAAUUUUUCCAAAUAUUUCUUCUGCAAUCUGGUGUAGUUAGAAAAAGUAAUGUAAUAAUAGGAAGGGAUAAUACCCAAAAAAUUCUCUUUAAGUCUGCUUCAGGCAUGUUGAAAACACUUGGUGGAUCUGUUCAAGAAAAAUUAAACCAUUUUGAGUUUUCUCAGAUGGCUAAUUACAUUUAAAAUGUCCACUUAGAGAGCUACAUUGAAAUAAAUUAGCUGUAUCAGUUUUUAAGAGGCUAUUUAAGACAUUUGAAAGCUCAUUAUGGAUAUUGCUGGCUAAAAGAAACUAAUUGAGAAUUUAGGGCAGCUAGUGUAAAAUGGGAUACUCAGCGUUUCUUGAAUUGGGGCCUUUAAACCUUUAUAUCAAAAAUAUCUUGGAUCAUUCAUUAAAUAUGUCAGAUAUAAUGUUUAUGAAGUCUCAGUUACACAUCUCUUUGUUUUCUAUAAUUAGUUGGCUUUUAGUAACUUUUAACUUAUAGGACUAACCUGACCUCUAUAACUUAUCUACUCUAGUGUCUCCAUUUUCAUUUCCUAAGAAUGAUGUUGCCUCUCCUGCCCUAUGUAUCAGAUGAUGCGAUAGGAGAAUAUAAAAUCACUAUAGUAUGGUUUGAGUCAAAUAAUUAAAUUACAACUCAUUACAACUUAUGGGAAUACUUGGUCUUCUAUCAAUUUAUAAAUACAAUUUUUCUGUAUAUUAGCACUGUAAAAUAGGAACCUAAUAUAUAAUCUGCAAUGUAACUAGUAAAAAUUAAAUGUAUUCUUUUAUUUAGUUUGUUUAUUGUUAAUGGAGACAGGAACAUAUUGGAUAAAAUUGGAACUCACUCUAAAAUUACAUAAAAUUUGUAUUCAUUGAAAUUGCCUCUAUUAGAUCAAGUUAUAUAGUACAACUAGCAAAAUAAUGCAAAAUUUUUGUUAAGCCUCAGCCAAUGGACCCAUUAAGUAACAUUUGGUAUAAUUAAAGUUAGACUGGUUCUUUGAAUUUAUUCUAAUGAAAUAUAAUUUAAAGAAGUCUACUUUUUGCAUUUGAGAGGCUGAAAACAUUUUUGAGGCAAAAGGUCUUAUUUAAAGUAUUAAAACAAAUUCUCUUCAGAAUGCUCUAAAGUUUAAAAUGAGUUGUGUUACUUUAUUAAAAAAAACAUGUCUCUUGGACCAUAUUGAAUUUAAUUUCCUACUAAUUGUAUUUACUCAAAUGUUGUGCAACUUGCUUCAAAUGACACAUUCCAAGCUCAACUCUUUUCUUUCUCCUCUCACCUGUCAGUUCCUUUUCCUAAAGUCUUGGUUUUCUAAGGGGCCCCAUUUUCACAGUCAUCAAAGCCUCAGUGAGAAGUCUUGGCUGCAUUUCAGUGGCACUUCCUCUGCUUUAUCUCAUGUCUGCUCUCUUUCAUUUCUACUAUAUUAUCUUUCUAUAUAUGUACUAAACACACUGACAGGCUUAUUUUUUUACCCCCCCCCUUUUUUUGAGCGGAGGUAUGCAUGACAUUACUGAAUAGGUUCUCCUGGCUCUUCUUGCGGGUCACUCCCAGUGGUAAUUGAGUUACCAUGUAUGUGGAUCCAGAAAAGCUAACCUUGGCUUUCUGUAUGCAAAGCAUGCACUUAGCUCAUUGAGCCACCUCUAGUCCCUUCGUGGCCUUUUAAAACCUCCACAGCUUUUGCUCCCUAUUUUGGUUCUUAGCAUUUCCCUGGACACAAAGCUGUAAAGACUCAUACGCUGGUAUUUAAACUCUUCCUAUACUCUAUUCACUUAUCAUCUGCUUCUUGACUGCACACACUGUGCUUCAUUUAAGUGAGGGGCCCUCUCAGAUGGAAGUUAUCCACUUAGUGAAAUGCUCCUUUCAGUCAUUUGAUUUCUUCGAUACCUAGAGAAGGUAUUUUAGUCAUACCUAUAUCAUUUACAUAAUAAUCAGUUAUUUUUUUUAUUACAAAUCAGGUUAUCAAGUAAAUCUUACCCCUCCAUUACAAGACUUUCUUGAAACAUAGUCUUUUGCUAUCAUCUUUUCCUAUCUAUUCAUUUUCAUCAAAUUAUAGACAUUGUGUUCUAUUUAGGAUUCAUAGUUAACGCUUUAGUUUUUUCUCUCUAAGGAACUUGAUAUCUUCAAGUCUUUUCCUACAAUAUUGGAAACUUCUUAAGGCUAGAGACUGUGGCUUUAUAAUCUCUAAAUUUCUAUAGUGUGUUGGUACUAAUAAUAUAUGCUGGACUAAAAUAAGAUUCUCAAGUUUUCCUACUGAAUAGUCUUAGAGUGGGUAGGUAGAAUAUGGUUGUUACCUUCAGAAGUCUGACUAAGACCAUGUAAACUUAGAGAAAGCUGGGAGUAGCCAGAGUCUUCAUAAAAGAUUCCACUAUCAGUUCUUGAUUGUCGACCAGUGAAUGGCUGACCCUCAUCUUCCCAUCCUAUCAGUGACUGUUGUUCACUUCUCUCCUCCAUGACUUUGUCAAGACAGGUGCAGCAAGCACUGCAUCUCUUAAUAAUGUAUUGGCUAAUUUGCAUGUCAAAACACAGCACCAAGACAUACAAUCCAUAUAUCAAAAGCAGUAAAGUUCCUUCAUACCUAUAAAUUAGAGAAAUCAUUUUUUUAAUUAAAAGCAAAAUUCAGGUGAAUAGCAUCUUGCUAUCAAGCACUUGCUUGAUUGGAUAACAAAUGCAGCAAUAAAAUAUUUCUAGGUGUAUUUUGGUUUUGUACAUGUGUCCAAUGUAGUUAUAGCAUUAUUAUAAAUGUAUUGCUGUAAGCUUGAUACUGUUCCCUAUUUUAAAAAAAACACAAGAUUUAUUAACUUAGUAUCCUUAUUUAUAGACUCUUUUCAAAUGGCAGGCAUGCACACACUUUUAAAACAAAAUAAAGUUUUUGAAAAUAAAGGUGAAACUAGUGAAUAGCAAUAAAUAUUCAUUUCAAGUCAUUAUCAGUACAUAUUCCUCAAAAUAAGUAUGUAAUAAAGAAUAUCCUAUUUGUUCAUUUCAACUAUGUAUCCGACUUUUAUUAUAGCAAAUUUUAAUAAAAGCAUUCAAAAUAUGCUAGACUUUGUCUAAGGGUGUUUGGGUUUAAAGAGAUUUAUUGAUUUUAAUGUAAUUGGAUCAGGCUUAUAUUCACAAGAAAAAAGGACAUUCUCUAUUAAAGAAAUGAAAGUAUGCCUUAAGCACUAAGAAUUAUUUUCUUCUACUUGAUUUUUUGUUUAAAGAAUUGUGACUAGUUAAUAUCACAUUUGGAACUUGCAGUUGCCUUUUGCUGAAGGCCAUUGAAUCUUUGUGAGCUAAAAGGCAGAGUUCUUGAUUUCCUUAAAGGCUGGAGUAUUAACUUGUUACUGUCAGUCACAUUGUCCCCUUAUAGAGAAUGGCUCAGUCCCAGAUGGAUCCCUAUGGUCACCAAUAGUCUUUCUUUGGGAGACAGAUAAUUGCAGAAUGAGUCAUUCGAAAUUCUGGAUGUUAUUCCCUUAUUGCAAGCAUUAUGUAGUACUUCUGAGUUUUGUAGUAUUUCAGAGUGAUAUUUAUUUUGAUUUCAGCUUUUCCUACUUUCUGGUGCCCUAAGCUGUUGUGCACUGCACAGUCUGUGGGCUACCUAUUUCCUCUUUCUUAUGGUGCCUAACAUAAUAAUAAACACAUAUCUCCAUGGCUUAGGUGAAAAAGUUCUCUGCCAAGUAACCUCCUUUGUAGUUUCUUGGAGCACUUGGCAAGAGAGAGAACCUCCCAGAAUAGAUGUUGACAUCCUAAGCAUUGUUUAUCUAGUUCUCGGUCAGUGAAGAUGAAGAGAAAAAUUUAAAUAUUUUAAAGAAAUUCUUAUACUUCCUCUAUCAUUUCUCUCUCUCCUGGUUAUCCUCUUUUAAUCAGACAAGAUGUAAUCCAGUAGAUUUUUUUUAAGAGUUUACUGUUAGGGUUUUUAAUUGCUUUAAGGAGCCUGACCUACUAGAAAUUAGAUCUUACUCCUGGCUUGGUGCUCAGGAAUCACUCCUGGAGGGACUUGGGAAACCUUAUGUGCGAAGGGCUGAAAUCUGGGACGGGUGUGCAAGACCAGCACCCUACCUGCUGGUACUGUUUUUGUUUUUGUUUUUUUUUUAAAGAUGACCAGUGAUGAGAAAGAAGGCUGUAAUGUGUAGUGAUUAGGAGACUAAAAUGACAGAAAUUGCAAAGUAGAGAAAAGAAUGUAAUCAGCGAUUGGGAUGAGGAUUUAGACACACUAACUGGACAUGGUAUAGAUUUGAUUGGUAAGUGAAAGUAUAACUGAAACAUUUCUUCAAAGGGGUUUGUUUCUAAAAUAGUGUCUUGAGGUAGUGUGCUUUGCAUAAGAGUAUUGAUUUUUUUCAAGCUUACCAGUAAACUUUGUUGUCGUAUAUUACACCAAGAACUGCUGCUACACUAAUUGCAUAAGCCACACAGUCUCUGAAUAGGGGCCAACAUGAGAGCAUGGAGACCUGUAAAAAGGUAGUGAAUUGACUUUUGUUUUUAUCAUACUGUAACCUCUUCAAGUACUUACCUAGUAUAAUACUAAAAUCAUUUGUAUACUUGUAGUUGGGUGUUGCCUUUUGCAUAUUGCUUUGAGAAAACUGAAUUUUAAGAUAAAUUGUGUUUCUAAAUUUUACUCUGAUUUUCAUAUAAUUGACCAAGAGCUCUUUGUGGGUUAACUUUAAAUUUGAGUUUGUGUUGUUUUUCUACUGAUUAAUAAAUUUGAUUGAACACA